AUGGGCGCACCGGCCUGGCAGCACCGGCGGGGCGGCUCCCAGCUGCUACCACCGCCGCCGCCGCCGCCGCCGCCGCUGCCCUCACAGCGGCGGCGCCUGCGCCAGCCGGUGCGGCCGCAGGGCGGCCUCUACAGCCUGCCCCCGGACCUGUACAGCAGCCUGCAGACGGGCUGCGGCAUAGCAUACCUGUUGGCCCUGUGUUUCUCGGCGCUGCCAGCCCUGACAGGGGACAGCCGGGAGCGCAACGAGCGGCGGUACGCUUCGCCCGACUCGGAUGAGAGCGCGGAGAACAUCCGGUGGAGCGUGAUGGGCGUGCUGAGCGUGCUGCCCUUCAUCAACCCCAUGGCCUGGGUGUUUGCGGCGCUGGACGACGAGGAGGCAUCCGCCCUCUACUACGCCCUCGCCUUCAUCUACGCCCUUCCCUACCUGGCCAACGGCUUUGAGCUGGACGGCUUUGCCCUCCUCUCCCUCCUCAUCUGCAUCCUGCACGUCCAGGUGGAGCGUGUGGCCCAGACGGAGCCUGUGGAGGUGGAGCUGCCCUCUGUGCUGCGCCGCCUGGUGCUGGGCAUCCCUCAGGCGGUACGCUCCCUGGGGCGGUACAGCAAGCAGCUGACCACCGAGGUGGGCGGGCGCACGCGCAGCGCGGAGGAGGCGCGGCGGCGGAGGCCAGACAGGAAGUAUUUGGAGGAGCGGUCGCGAGAGACGCGGGCUGAGCUGGAGGAGUUUGACAAGCGGCGGCGGGAGCGGGCGGCGUCGCAGCAGCGCCUGUGGCAGCAGCAGGCAGAGGAGGAGGCGCGGCAGCGGGAGAAGGAGCGGGAGAAGGAGCGGGAGAAGGAGCGGGAGCGAUGA